UUUUUUUCCUCAUUUUACCAUUCUAACACAAACAUAAACACAACACACAACACAAAAACAGCAACACUUUUAUCUUUGUUACAAAAAGUCAAAAAAGCACCGUACAGUGCUAUUUUUGCUUGCAUAUGUUGUCCUUGCAGAUCUUGCAGAAGAUUCAAUUCAACUCUUGUUUUUUUUCAUUCAACUUGUUCCUGAUUUUCAGGAAGGUAUAAUAAGGUUUUUCUUCAUACCCUUUUGAUGUUUUUGUUCUUGGAUUUGACUGGUGGGUUUUGUUAAGCUUGUUGUAGUGAUUAGUGUUUCUGGGUCGUUUUGUGAAUUGUUGUGGUGAAUGAAGUGCUGGAAUUGAUUUUGAAGGUGAAAAAAGUUUGUAUUUUGAAGUUGUUUUAGUGAUUUUGUUUUUUGAAGAAGUGAAAAAGGUUAGAAUUUGAAGUUGUUUUGGUGAUUGUUGUGUUUUUUUUUUUUGGGAGAGGUGAAAAAGGUUUGAAAUUGAAGUGAUUUUAGUGAUUAUUGUUGUUUUUGAAGAAUUUGAUUCUCAAUGGCUGUUGAGGAAUCUAGGCAAGUGAUUCCUGAGUUAGAAAGAGAGGAGAAUUUAAUUGCUGCAGCAAGACAUAUUGUGAUGGCUUUAGGGUCAAAGAACAGUCUUACAAAUGAUGAAAAGAAGAUUCUGGCUGAUCUUGGAUCAAAGUUGUCUUCCAUGAACAUACAAAGUGAGAAGGAAGAGGGGAAGAUAGGGAGAGAAAAGGAGAAUGAUAUCGAUAAGGAGGACGAGGUGAACGAGGAGGAGGAAGAGGGUGUUGGUGUUAUUGAACAACGACUUGGUUUGAUUCAGGAGAAAAUAAUGAAAUGGGAGGAAGAUCAAUCAAUGAUUUGGGAUUUGGGACCUGAAGAAACGUCUGAGUAUUUGAAUGCUGCUAAUGAUGUGCGCAUAUUGAUCGAGAAGUUGGAAGGUAUGCAUUUGAAUAAAGAAGAUCAAGAGUAUGAGUUUUUGCAAAGGGCUUAUAGUGUUCUUCAGACGGCUAUGACACGGCUUGAAGAAGAGUUUAGCAACCUGCUUAUCCAGAAUAGGCAACCUUUUGAACCUGAGUAUGUCUCGUUUCGAUCGAGCGAGGAAGAUGCUGUUGAUGGGAAUUCUUUUGUCUCUUUUGGUGAUGAUUCAUUUGAGGAAUCACUUCGAAGAGAUAGUGUCAGUCGAGCCACUGAGGAGCAUGUCAUUGAUUUGGUUCAUCCGGCCGUGAUUCCCGAUCUCAGGUGUAUCGCAAACUUGCUUUUCGCUUCAAAUUAUGCUCAGGAAUGUUCACAAGCUUAUACCAUUGUUAGAAGGGAGGCCUUAGAUGAGUGUUUGUUCAUUCUUGAAAUGGAAAGGCUAAGUAUUGAAGAUGUCUUGAAAAUGGAAUGGGGUACUUUGGUUUCAAAGAUCAAAAGAUGGAUUUGGGCUUUGAAAAUCUUUGUUAGGGUGUAUCUUGCAAGUGAAAGGUGGCUUAGUGACCAGAUUUUCGGAGAAGGCGAGCCUGUUAGUCAAGCUUGUUUUGUCGAUGCAUCGAAAGCUUCAAUUUUGCAGCUUCUGAAUUUUGGUGAAGCUAUGUCUAUUGGUCCUCACCAACCUGAGAAAUUGAUUCGAAUUCUAGACAUGUAUGAAGUUCUUGCAGACCUUAUGCCUGACAUCAAUGCUUUGUAUUCGGACGAGGUUGGUUCCUCGGUUCACUUUGAAUGCCACGAGGUUCUGAACAGAUUGGGAGAUUGUGUGAAGAAAACAUUUCUUGAAUUCAAAAAUGCUGUUGAUUUGAAUCCGUCAACAACACCUUUAGUUGGUGGAGGGAUACAUCCAUUGGCGAGAUAUGUUAUGAAUUAUCUUCGGACUCUUACCGAUUACAGCGAAGCGCUGAAUCAUCUUCUGAAAGAUCAAGAAGAAGAGGAUUCCAUUUCAUCGUCACCUGAUACGAGUCCGGGUACCGAAGAUGAUAACAGAAGCCAAGCAUCUCCUGGUAGAUUUCCCUCAAUGGCGCGGCAAUUCCUAUCAUUUGCUUCAGUCUUGGAGAACAAUCUCGAGGAGAAAUCAAAGUUAUACAAAGAGACUUCAUUGCAGCACUUGUUCUUAAUGAACAACCUACAUUACAUGGCUGAAAAGGUUAAAGGGUCUGAACUUAGGAUCAUAUUCGGAGACGAAUGGAUCCGAAAACACAACUGGAAGUUUCAGCAGCACGCCAUGAAAUACGAGAGAGCUAGUUGGAGUUCCAUUCUCAACUUUCUUAAGGAUGAAGGAAUUCACGCUCCCGGUUCGAAUUCUGUCUCAAAAACUCUUCUAAAAGAGAAGUUACGAAGCUUCUACCUCGGCUUCGAGGAUAUUUACAGGAUUCAAACAGCUUGGUCGAUUCCAGAUGUUCAGCUUCGUGAAGAUUUGCGAAUUUCUAUAUCGGUUAAAGUGAUUCAAGCUUAUAGGACAUUUGUUGGAAGGAAUAAUAGUCAUGUGAGUGAUAAACAUAUUAGAUACACUGCUGAUGAUUUAGAAAAUUAUCUUUUGGAUUUCUUUGAAGGUUCUCAAAAGUUGUUGCAAAAUCCUAUUAGGAGAUGAUAAUAGUAGAUAAGUAAGAAUAAUCCAUUUUUAUCUAACAAUGGCUUUUGUAUUUGGUCAAAAACCUUCUUGUUUCACUUAGUGUGCAUUAUAUGUAUGUAAUGAUUGGAAGAUUAUCAGAGUUAUACUUCCUUUUUUGCAAUGUAUUCUUUAGAUUAUUUUAAUCUGAAUCAAAAUAGAUGUGAUUAUUUGUUGCUU